AUGGCUUCUAUCAGCAUUGAUAGACCUUCGUCUGCAGCGACAACUCUCCGCCGCAAGAUCGAAUCCGGGGAAUUCAUUCUCGCUCCGGGGGUAUACGAUGGCUUUUCCGCACGAAUCGCCCUAGAAGUCGGCUUUGACGCAUUAUACAUGACCGGAGCCGGCACGAGCGCCUCUAUGCAUGGCCACGCCGACCUGGGACUGUGCACCUUGAAUGACAUGCGCCAGAAUGCGGAGAUGAUCGCCAAUCUGUCCACAACCACGCCGCUGAUUGCGGACGUGGACACGGGCUAUGGCGGACCCAUCAUGGUGGCGCAAAUGACCGAGCAAUAUGUACGCUCGGGCGUGGCGGCCUUCCACCUGGAGGAUCAGGUCCAGACCAAGCGAUGCGGCCAUCUCGCCAGGAAAAUCCUGGUGGAUUUGGAUACCUAUGUGAGCCGCAUUCGCGCGGCCGUCCAGGCGCGCAGGAGAAUCCAGAGCGACAUCGUCAUUAUUGUCCGGACGGAUGCGCUGCAAAAGUUCGGCUAUCACGAAUCCUUGAAUCGGCUGCGUGCCGCGCGCGACGUCGGGGCCGACGUCGGUUUUCUUGAAGGCAUCCGGUCGGUCGAAGAGGCCCGUCAGAUCGUGACUGAUCUGGCUCCGUGGCCGGUCUUGCUGAACCUGGUCGAACAUGCCUCGACCCCAACCGUUUCGGCGGCGCAGGCGCGCGAGUGGGGGUUCCAGAUCAUGAUUGUCCCAUUGGUAACACUAUCAUCUGCCUACCAAGCGAUGAAGAAGGGCUUGGAGAAUCUCAAAGAGACCGGUUUGCCGAAUACGGCCUUCUCGCCUCAGCAGCUCUUUCGGGUGUGUGGAUUGGACGAGUCGAUCCAGAUCGAUUCUGCGGCAGGAGAAGCCUCAUUGGUUGAUCUCAAGCAUCAUCUGUAG